CAGAAAGAUUUAUUACCCGUGACCAGUGAGUGUUGAAUAGACAUACAUGCAUUUUUUAGCAAAAAAGGAAAAAGGGAAGACAUACAUGCAUUUUUAGCAGCAGCAGCAGCACCACAAUAACCACCUUACUAAUUCUACUGUGUUUUGAGUAAAUCAGCAUCUUAAGCCUUUCAUUUUCAACCCACUAAUCAACAAGAAGAUUACACCACAACCCAUCUUCUUUUUGCACUUGCACUCUCUUAUGUACACACCAAAUUUCUUUGAUGCUUUGGUACACGCAAGGUUUUCAGAUGCGUGAUGGGGCAAUUCGAUGCUGCGAGUGAAAAAAUGGAUAUUCUUCAAGAAAAAACUUUAAAGGUAGAGGAUAAAGAAUUAGAGGAGGCAAAUCAGAGGUAUAUAUCAGUACAUUAUCCUCAAUCUUUUGGGGAGUAUGUUGAUAGUGACAGUGAGGAACCUGAAAUGGACCCUGAGGAGGAACCUGAAGAGGACCCUGAGGAAGAACCUGAAGAGGAACCAGAGAAGGAUCCCGAGGAGGAACCUGAAGAGGAUCCCGAGGAGGAACCUGAAGAGGAUCCUGAGGAGGAACUGGGGGAAGACCUAGAGAUGGACCGAAACUUAUGUCAUGAGAAAGUGGCUGUAGAAUAUGCCACUCCUUUAAACUUAAGUAGUGCAAUUUUUUCUGCUAAACAACUAACAGACCACGAAGAUGAAGAACCCUUGGCGGAGUGUGUUUUUAAGCCAAAUCCUGAGAGUGAGACUGAUAGAAUUUAUCAGAAAUCGUCAGAUGCUAAACAUAGGAGGGUGGUUAAUGCAGCAGUCAGACCUUCUAUAUCACAAAGCUAUGGGCUGGAAAUGAAUUGCAAGUAUGAUGAAGUUUCUGAACAAAAAUUUAACAUUGAGUAUGCUGCUAUAGAAUCAGGACAGCUUGAGGAGACUGUUGGUGGUAAUGAAAAUUCUGUAGAACAAACUAAUCGUGGGAAAAGGAGGUGUAGCAAAUGGGAUCAAGGUCCUAAAGAGGACAAAAAAGAAGUUAUAGAAGAGAGAAAAUGCAAAAAGGGUAAAACAGUGUGGGAUGCUAAUGAUUUCCAGACUACAGUGCAAGAGCCUCUUCAGCUGACAGAAUUGCGCAGUAGGGUGUGUGAACCUUUACUAGAUUUAGAGGUACAGUCACUGAAAAAAAGAUUUUCAGAAAUCAGCAGCAUACUCGAUCCAUUAGUAGAUGACAAACUUGAAAUAGGAGUUUAUGCAUUUGACAAACUAAUCAAAGAACGUGAAAAGAUCUUUCUGGAGUUGGCGAAGAGAAAUGCAAUUAUUUCUAAGGAACUGUAUGUACCAGUGAAAGAAUAUCCAAAGUAUAACUUCAUUGGCCUUAUACUUGGACCAAAAGGAAACACGCAAAAAAGGAUGGAGUUGAAAAGUGGUUGUAUGAUUCGGCUGAGAGGUAAAGAUUCGUCAAAAUCAGCACAAGAAGUUGAUUCAUCUGAGGAUGAAGAAUUGAAUGUCUACAUAGAGGCAGUUAGUCAGAAAUCUCUUGAUGCUGCUGUAUGCAUGGUUAACAAACUACUCAUCUCAGUAGAAGAUGAAGUGAAUGAUCUUAAGCGAGCUCACUUAGAGGAAGUAUCUAAUCUCAAAGAAGCAACUUUGUUUAGCUCAUGCAGUGUGUGCAAGGAGCCAGGACAUGAUCAAUUAGCCUGUCCUCUGAAGAAAGCUACAUUGAAGGCCAGUUCUGACACGUGUGUAAGCUUCAGUCGUCCCAGCUUUUCUUGUCCAGUAACCCAUUCAAACUUGAAAAUUAAAUCCUCCAGAGAAAUAGAUGCUGCAAAUCUUUAUGUUGGAUAUCUUCCCCAAACCAUAGAUGAUAGUCGUUUGCAUGAUCUUUUUUCUCCAUUUGGAACAAUCACUCAGUUGAGAGUUACAUUAGAUAAGAAAACUGGUUAUAGUAUGGGAUAUGGCUUUGUAAGAUUUGAUACCCCCUCUGCUGCGAACUUAGCCAUAAUGCACAUGAACGGGUAUCAGAUUGGUGGUCACAGACUGAGAGUGAGAAUAGCAGGUGCUCCACCUGCCACAGGACAACCAGCCACAAGCUUCCUUCCUGUUUGUUCUAAUCCGGGACCUGCAACAGUAGCUACCAGCUACUCCGCUUUGCCUCACUACAUGAUGCCUAAAAGUGAAGUGUCCGUCCUCAAUGAUGAAGGCAUGGGUGUCUCGUCUUCUCUACACAUGGAAUCCAGCAAUAAAAUUUCUCAAACAGAGGCUCCAACUCUUCCUCAGAAAGCCUCAGGCUCCAAUCUUUUUGUUGGAUAUCUUCCCCCAACCGUUGAUGACAGUGGUCUGUGGGAGCUUUUUUCUUCUUUUGGAACGAUCAUUCAUUUAAAAGUUCCAUUAGAUAUGGUAACUGGAUAUAGUAAAGGCUAUGGCUUUGUGAGAUAUGAUACGCCCUCUGCUGCGAGCUUAGCCAUAAUGCACAUGAAUGGAUAUGAAGUUGAUGGUCGUAGAUUGACAGUGAGAAUAGCUGGAGAUCCACCUGCCACAGGACAGCCAACCAUGAGCCUUCUUCCUGUCAAUCCUGUUCCUGGACCUGCAACAGUGGCUACCAGCUGCCCUGCUCUACCUGAAGGUAUGGUGCUUAAUAGUGAAGGCUUAUGUUAUCCAUCAUCACAGCACAUAAAAUACUCGACAAAUCUUUAUGUUGGAUAUCUUCCCCAAACCAUUGAUGAUAGUUGUUUGAGGGAACUGUUUUCUCCAUUUGGAGCAGUCACUCAAUCAAGUGUUGUAUUAGAUAUGAGAACUGGUUAUAGUAAAGGCUAUGGCUUUGUCAGUUUUGAUACUCCCUCUGCUGCAAGCUUAGCCAUGAUGCACAUGAAUGGAUACCAAAUUGAUGGUCACAGACUGGCAGUCCGCUUGAGAACUGUUGGUGCUGCACCUCCUACAGGACCACCAGCCACGAGCCGCCUCCCUUUAUAUUCUAUUCCUCAACAUACAACAGUAGCUACCAGCUGCCCUGCUUUGCCUUCCUAUAUGAUGCCAAAUUUUUCUCAGAAUAUGGAAAGCAAAAAUGAAAAUGAUGCUCCAAUAAUUUCUCAGGAAGUCUCAGGGUCAACUGGCUCGAACACCCAACUGUCAACAACUGCUUCUGUGUUAAGGUCAUCUGAGUCGGGAACUGCUUCCUCAUCAGCUGGAUCAUUGACUGCACUUUCAUCGACUGGUUUGGCUGCAGCAUCAUCUAAGUCAAGGAGCGUAAUCUCAUCAUAUAGUUUUAGUUCAUUGUUCUGUGGUGAUCACGACUAUCGUGACUCAAGUCUCUAAUCAAACUUUACAUGAAAACAUUAUAAACCCCUUG